AUGGGGAAGCCAGUAAGGGGCAGGGCCGUCAACGCCGUAGGCCGCACGAAGUGUGUCACUGACGCGGUGCUUCUUCCCCCCCAUGGCUGGUGCUUCUUCCCCCCCAUGGCUGGUGCUUCUUCCCCCCCAUGGCUGGUGCUUCUUCCCCCCCAUGGCUGGUGCUUCUUCCCCCCCAUGGCUGGUGCUUCUUCCCCCCCAUGGCUGGUGCUUCUUCCCCCCCAUGGCUGGUGCUUCUUCCCCCCCAUGGCUGGUGCUUCUUCCCCCCCAUGGCUGGUGCUUCUUCCCCCCCAUGGCUGGUGCUUCUUCCCCCCCAUGGCUGGUGCUUCUUCCCCCCCAUGGCUGGUGCUUCUUCCCCCCCAUGGCUGGUGCUUCUUCCCCCCCAUGGCUGGUGCUUCUUCCCCCCAUGGCUGGUGCUUCUUCCCCCCCAUGGCUGGUGCUUCUUCCCCCCCAUGGCUGGUGCUUCUUCCCCCCCAUGGCUGGUGCUUCUUCCCCCCAUGGCUGGUGCUUCUUCCCCCCCAUGGCUGGUGCUUCUCCCCCCCCAUGGCUGGUGCUUCUUCCCCCCCAUGGCUGGUGCUUCUUCCCCCCCAUGGCUGGUGCUUCUUCACCCCCAUGGCUGGUGCUUCUUCCCCCCCAUGGCUGGUGCUUCUUCCCCCCAUGGCUGGUGCUUCUUCCCCCCCAUGGCUGGUGCUUCUUCCCCCCCAUGGCUGGUGCUUCUUCCCCCCCAUGGCUGGUGCUUCUUCCCCCCCAUGGCUGGUGCUUCUUUCCCCCAUGGCUGGUGCUUCUUCCCCCCCAUGGCUGGUGCUUCUUCCCCCCCACGGCUGGUGCUUCUUCCCCCCCAUGGCUGGUGCUUCUUCCCCCCCAUGGCUGGUGCUUCUUCCCCCCCAUGGCUGGUGCUUCUUCCCCCCCACGGCUGGUGCUUCUUCCCCCCCACGGCUGGUGCUUCUUCCCCCCGAUGGCUGGUGCUUCUUCCCCCCCAUGGCUGGUGCUUCUUCCCCCCCAUGGCUGGUGCUUCUUCCCCCCAUGGCUGGUGCUUCUUCCCCCCAUGGCUGGUGCUUCUUCCCCCCCAUGGCUGGUGCUUCUUCCCCCCCAUGGCUGGUGCUUCUUCCCCCCCAUGGCUGGUGCUUCUUCCCCCCCAUGGCUGGUGCUUCUUCCCCCCCAUGGCUGGUGCUUCUUCCCCCCAUGGCUGGUGCUUCUUCCCCCCAUGGCUGGUGCUUCUUCCCCCCAUGGCUGGUGCUUCUUCCCCCCCAUGGCUGGUGCUUCUUCCCCCCCAUGGCUGGUGCUUCUUCCCCCCCAUGGCUGGUGCUUCUUCCCCCCCAUGGCUGGUGCUUCUUCCCCCCCAUGGCUGGUGCUUCUUCCCCCCCAUGGCUGGUGCUUCUUCCCCCCCAUGGCUGGUGCUUCUUCCCCCCAUGGCUGGUGCUUCUUCCCCCCCAUGGCUGGUGCUUCUUCCCCCCAUGGCUGGUGCUUCUUCCCCCCCAUGGCUGGUGCUUCUUCCCCCCCAUGGCUGGUGCUUCUUCCCCCCCAUGGCUGGUGCUUCUUCCCCCCCAUGGCUGGUGCUUCUUCCCCCCAUGGCUGGUGCUUCUUCCCCCCCAUGGCUGGUGCUUCUUCCCCCCCAUGGCUGGUGCUUCUUCCCCCCCAUGGCUGGUGCUUCUUCCCCCCCAUGGCUGGUGCUUCUUCCCCCCCAUGGCUGGUGCUUCUUCCCCCCCAUGGCUGGUGCUUCUUCCCCCCAUGGCUGGUGCUUCUUCCCCCCCAUGGCUGGUGCUUCUUCCCCCCCAUGGCUGGUGCUUCUUCCCCCCCAUGGCUGGUGCUUCUUCCCCCCCAUGGCUGGUGCUUCUUCCCCCCCAUGGCUGGUGCUUCUUCCCCCCCAUGGCUGGUGCUUCUUCCCCCCCAUGGCUGGUGCUUCUUCCCCCCCAUGGCUGGUGCUUCUUCCCCCCCAUGGCUGGUGCUUCUUCCCCCCAUGGCUGGUGCUUCUUCCCCCCCAUGGCUGGUGCUUCUUCCCCCCCAUGGCUGGUGCUUCUUCCCCCCCAUGGCUGGUGCUUCUUCCCCCCCAUGGCUGGUGCUUCUUCCCCCCCAUGGCUGGUGCUUCUUCCCCCCCAUGGCUGGUGCUUCUUCCCCCCCAUGGCUGGUGCUUCUUCCCCCCCACUGGCUGGUGCUUCUUCCCCCCCAUGGCUGGUGCUUCUUCCCCCCCAUGGCUGGUGCUUCUUCCCCCCCAUGGCUGGUGCUUCUUCCCCCCCAUGGCUGGUGCUUCUUCCCCCCCAUGGCUGGUGCUUCUUCCCCCCCAUGGCUGGUGCUUCUUCCCCCCCAUGGCUGGUGCUUCUUCCCCCCCAUGGCUGGUGCUUCUUCCCCCCCAUGGCUGGUGCUUCUUCCCCCCCAUGGCUGGUGCUUCUUCCCCCCCAUGGCUGGUGCUUCUUCCCCCCCAUGGCUGGUGCUUCUUCCCCCCCAUGGCUGGUGCUUCUUCCCCCCCAUGGCUGGUGCUUCUUCCCCCCCAUGGCUGGUGCUUCUUCCCCCCAUGGCUGGUGCUUCUUCCCCCCCAUGGCUGGCUGGUGCUUCUUCCCCCCCAUGGCUGGUGCUUCUUCCCCCCCAUGGCUGGUGCUUCUUCCCCCCCAUGGCUGGUGCUUCUUCCCCCCCAUGGCUGGUGCUUCUUCCCCCCAUGGCUGGUGCUUCUUCCCCCCCAUGGCUGGUGCUUCUUCCCCCCCAUGGCUGGUGCUUCUUCCCCCCCAUGGCUGGCUGGUGCUUCUUCCCCCCCAUGGCUGGUGCUUCUUCCCCCCCAUGGCUGGUGCUUCUUCCCCCCCAUGGCUGGUGCUUCUUCCCCCCCAUGGCUGGUGCUUCUUCCCCCCCAUGGCUGGUGCUUCUUCCCCCCCACGGCUGGUGCUUCUUCCCCCCCAUGGCUGGUGCUUCUUCCCCCCCAUGGCUGGUGCUUCUUCCCCCCCAUGGCUGGUGCUUCUUCCCCCCCAUGGCUGGUGCUUCUUCCCCCCCAUGGCUGGUGCUUCUUCCCCCCCAUCGCUGGUGCUUCUUCCCCCCCAUGGCUGGUGCUUCUUCCCCCCCAUGGCUGGUGCUUCUUCCCCCCCAUGGCUGGUGCUUCUUCCCCCCCAUGGCUGGUGCUUCUUCCCCCCAUGGCUGGUGCUUCUUCCCCCCCAUGGCUGGUGCUUCUUCCCCCCCAUGGCUGGUGCUUCUUCCCCCCCAUGGCUGGUGCUUCUUCCCCCCCAUGGCUGGUGCUUCUUCCCCCCCAUGGCUGGUGCUUCUUCCCCCCCAUGGCUGGUGCUUCUUCCCCCCAUGGCUGGUGCUUCUUCCCCCCCAUGGCUGGUGCUUCUUCCCCCCCAUGGCUGGUGCUUCUUCCCCCCCACGGCUGGUGCUUCUUCCCCCCACGGCUGGUGCUUCUUCCCCCCCACGGCUGGUGCUUCUUCCCCCCCAUGGCUGGUGCUUCUUCCCCCCAUGGCUGGUGCUUCUUCCCCCCCAUGGCUGGUGCUUCUUCCCCCCCAUGGCUGGUGCUUCUUCCCCCCCAUGGCUGGUGCUUCUUCCCCCCCAUGGCUGGUGCUUCUUCCCCCCCAUGGCUGGUGCUUCUUCCCCCCCAUGGCUGGUGCUUCUUCCCCCCCAUGGCUGGUGCUUCUUCCCCCCAUGGCUGGUGCUUCUUCCCCCCCAUGGCUGGUGCUUCUUCCCCCCCAUGGCUGGUGCUUCUUCCCCCCCAUGGCUGGUGCUUCUUCCCCCCCAUGGCUGGUGCUUCUUCCCCCCCAUGGCUGGUGCUUCUUCCCCCCCAUGGCUGGUGCUUCUUCCCCCCCAUGGCUGGUGCUUCUUCCCCCCCAUGGCUGGUGCUUCUUCCCCCCAUGGCUGGUGCUUCUUCCCCCCCAUGGCUGGUGCUUCUUCCCCCCAUGGCUGGUGCUUCUUCCCCCCCAUGGCUGGUGCUUCUUCCCCCCAUGGCUGGUGCUUCUUCCCCCCCAUGGCUGGUGCUUCUUCCCCCCCAUGGCUGGUGCUUCUUCCCCCCCAUGGCUGGUGCUUCUUCCCCCCCAUGGCUGGUGCUUCUUCCCCGCUGAGCGGCUCUCCAACCUCCUGCUGUCUAGCUAG